CCGAGGAUGCGGUGGCGGCUGCUGCUGCGGCGGCUGCUGUGGCUGCUGUGCUGUGCCGCCCGCUGGUGCGGCGCCGGCGGCAAGACGCUGCGGGGCGGCUUCGCCAACGCCGCCGCCCGACGGGAGCCGUGGCGGCCCGUGGCGCGCUUCCAGUUCCACGGUGAUCAUGCUGUUCUGUGUGUCAGAAUCAAGAAUGUAGCAGUAGCUGUGACAAAAGAAGCUAGACUUCACCUGUUUCAAGCACCAGAAUGGCAGAAGCUGCAGAACACUGUCCAAGAUCACAGCUGUACAGAGAAGUUCUCCAAAGCUCAGCUGACAAUGACUGUGAACCACACAGAGCAAAAUCUGACAGUGUCCCAGAUUCCUUAUCCGGAAACAUGGUAUGUGUUUUAUGUAGACAAGUUUACCUGCGAGGAGAAUUAUUCUGAAUCCGAGGAUAUUCAGUUUGAAAUGGUCUUACUAAACCCAGAUGCAGAAGGGAAUCCAUUAGAUCACUUUAGCGCAGGGGAGUCUGGAUUACAUGAAUUCUUUUUCCUGCUUGUCUUAGCAUACUUCAUCACUGCAUGCAUAUAUGCACAGUCCUUAUGGCAAACAAUUAAGAAGCGUGGACCUAUGCAUACUGUACUAAAGGUGUUGACAAUUGCAUUAGUGUUGCAGGCUGGUUCAGCUUUUGCCAACUACCUGCAUUUCUCAAGUUAUUCUAGAGAUGGAAUAGGAGCACCUUUCAUGGGAAGUCUUGCAGAAUUGUGUGACAUAGUCUCACAGAUACAAAUGCUGUUUUUAUUGUUGAGUCUGUGUAUGGGUUGGACAAUAGGCAGAAUGAAGAAAUCUCACAGCAGACCUCUUCAAUGGGAUUCCACUCCAAUGUCUACUGGGAUUGCUGUAGUAGUUGUUGUUACACAGAGCUUUUUAUUAAUUUGGGAGCAGUUUGAAGACACAAAUCACCACAGCUACCAUUCACACCGUGGCUUAGCAAGUGGACUGCUUAUUGGCCUCAGAGUUUGCCUAGCUUUGUCACUGGCUGCUGGGCUUUACCAGAUCAUCACAGUGGAGAGAAGCACGCUGAAAAGGGAAUUCUAUAUCACCUUUGCCAAAGCCUGCAUUCUCUGGUUUUUGUGCCACCCAUGUCUUGCAACCAUUUCUAUAAUAUUCAGAGAAUAUCAAAGAGAAAAGAUUAUUACCAUAGGUGUUAUCCUCUGUCAGUGUAUCUCCAUGGUUAUCCUCUACAGACUUUUUCUGUCUCAUAGUCUAUACUGGGAAGUAUCUUCACUCUCAUCAGUGACAUUGCCACUAACAGUAUCUUCUGGACAUAAAAAUCGGCAUCACUUCUGAGAUGUUUAGGAAUAAUACAUUAUGUAAUAAUUGUGCAAUAAUGAACUAAAUAUACAGAUAUUUUAGUCACAGGUGUGUGAUACAUUGGUUUUACUGGAAAACUGAGUGAUAAUAUCAGAGCACUUCACAGGCCUUUGGUUGGACAAGGUCCCUAGCUUAAUCUGUUAAAGAUAUCGUGGAGCGGAAAAAUCCAUAAUUUGAAUAAUUUUGUAAGUAUUGUUUAUGUGUAGCAUGUGAUACUGAGCUGUAUCACAGAAAAGUACAGUGACCCUUUUCUUUCCCAUUCACAGCCACAAAAAAUGUCCUUACUUUAUAUCAACACUAGGUUUGAAGUCUUAUAAAAUGCAGUUCUUAAAGCAUCUACAAGCUCAAACAAGUCUGAAAUAGGCCAGUUGUGAAAUUGGUGUAAUGCGUAGCAAUGAGUACAAGUUCUUGUAUUUUCAUGCUUUAGAGAAAAUGCGUUUUAUAUAUAAGUAUAAAAUAAGGGGAAACAAAAGAGGGAGGAUCCUCUAGAAACACAUGUAAAAUGUCCACAACUGAUUGCAAGAAACUUUUAUUUAUUUUUGGUGUAAAAGAAGAGCCUUUUUUGCAACUAAUACUCAUACUGGUUACAGAUUUAAUGGGAAUGAAAAUAGGGUUUAUAUCUGCCUUUUUUUUUUAAUGUAACUAAAAAUUUCAUCCAGUAAUGAAGGUCUAAACAGUAUUUGAGGCAUAGAAGACAUAGCAACAUAAAGGUAAUUAAAACAGCAGGCUCAUAUCUUUUAAAGAAAAAAAAAAGGCAAAGAAAAUGGAAUGGGUGAUGUGGUACUAGAAUUUUAAUCCUGAUAUAAUUCAUUUCUGUUACAUUGAGGAUUCAAUCAUAAUUAAGCCAUAUACACAGAUUAAAUUAACAGAAGCAUUUCAAAUAAAUGUUGGUUUCAGUCAUCAACUACCCAUGAAUUCCUGCCCAAGGAUACUUAAUCAGGAUUAAAUUUUCUAUGAAUAAUUGAAAAACAAAAUACUCACUGGAUUUGUUAUAAUCCAUGUUGGCACUGGGUUCUAAGUAGUUGCCAUUUUCCAUCCAUUGUAAUAAAGCCAUACUACUUUGUGAUGCCCUAGCAUUCAGAAAGCCAGUGUAAAUAUAUACUUUAUUGAAGUGCCUAUUUAUUAUUAUUAAAUCAUGCUGAGGUGUUUGAUUUUUUUUCCUCCAUGAUAAGAACAUACCUAUUACCAUUGUGACUGAAAGCUUUCAUUUUUUAUUUAGUUUAGCAUUUGUCAAAUUUUAGGCUUCUUUUCAUACACUUUCAUUUAUUCACAACAUGGAUUUUAUUUUCUAGUAAAUGAAUGUCUGUUUCUUCUUAACAGUGUGUAUUUAGUUAUGUCUCUGUGAACAUGUGAAGACACUGGGGUUCUAGCUUUAAAAUAACCCUAACUUUUCCAUUCACAUUUGCCUCAGUUGCGAGCAUAGUUUGAAACAUAAGUCUAUUCCACUUUACUUUAGAGGCAAAAUUCGACAUUUGCCUUUGACUAAGGCAAAAUGGCAACAUGACAAAGUUGCUCAUUAAAUCAUCUCCUUUCUUAUUGUUUGUAAUUCAGAUCAAGAAUGGCAGGUUGAGGCUGGAAAAGAUGAGAUACUAUGAUUUCACACAAUCUUCAGAACGAUUAAAAGAUUAAUUAUUACAUUCCUCUGAUAACCACACAAAAAUAUUAUUGGUUAAAACUGCAGUCUUUAUUUCCCUGCUUAUCUCUGUACUUUUCAUCUUCUCAGGAAAAAAGCAUCCUGUUUUUGAUAAGUCUCCAAUAAUGCCAUAGAAAAGUUCUAUCUGUCCUCAUGUGUAAGACAUGAAAUUCACGCAUGAAACAGAAUUUUUGAAUAGACACAAGAACUACUUUACAGUUUAUGAUUUGUCAUGAUAAAACUUUCAAUCUAUGCAAAAAAAAAAAAAAAAAAAAAAAAAAGAAGCUGUUUGUGGCUUUCAGAAGAGACACUCUUUGAGUUUUAUUCUCCAGAAGUAUUUUCCUACUUCCCUCUGACUUCAAUCUGUCAGUAUUAAGGUAAAUGGUAUCUUAAUUUCACCUUAUAAAUAUACCCUACAACAAUUCAUAGGUCAUCUGAGUGUAAAUAUGAGGCUUAAGAUGUUGUCUCUUAAGCUUUUCCAGAUUGCCCUGUAAGUCAACAGCUAACAUUAUCCUCUUUUAGUUUGGCAUCAGAUCCAGCUAUUUGAAAAUUUUUAAUUUUGCUAUUACGGUAACUGUAGCAAUUGAGUGUCACUUUCUCAUGGUAAGUGGCACAAAGGACAUGCAUUUCUGCCCAGGUCUAUUAGCAUUCUUUCAUAACGAACACUCACCAAUUUUACAUUAUCAAAUCAUUAAUGUGUAUUAUAGCAGUAGGUCAGUACGACUGCAGUAGUAUUCAGGAUGUUAGUUAAUUGGGUACAGGAUAUAUCUGGGGAGAGUCUUCAAGUAUGACUAAUUUACAAAGCUUCAUACUUGCCUGUACUCCAGCUUGAAGCUUACUGCCUCUGGAUUAUGCCUGAAGAGUUGUUGGAGUACGUGAAAGCCUAUCUCUUCGUUCUAACUUACAUGUUCUGUGAGGCCAGCUGAGAAGACCUUGCUUUUUUCACACUUACCCACAGAGUUACAUAUUUUAUCAGUUUCGUUUCAUAACCUCAUCUCAAAAGAAUAGUUUCCAGCUUACUUUCAGUUGUCUUUGAUCAGUGUGUCCUGACUGGAAAACUUUAUCCUCUUUUUCUAAAAUGUGCUUUCUGUCACAAAAAUAAAAAAUGUUUUCUGUUACAAACUGGGGCUCUUGCUGUCCUGGUUUGAUGCAUACAUCUGAGGAAGUCAUGAGGCACCCUAUGUCAGCUCUGCAUUAGAUGAGAGCAGUGGUCAAAGGCACUCCUUUGCUUCACCCAUAGCCCUGGUGUGUCAGUGCUGCCAUGUACCCUGGGAAUUAAUUCCUGGGGAGAGGUGCAGCAGCUCCUGGCUCCCUGCUGCCUGGCUGCUGAGAGGGCUGCCCCAUGUUCUCCCUGAAGGCAGCAUUGCCACUCCUGACUGGUGGAGAGCACUCUUUAGUUGGGAUCAACUGGCGACAUCUCACUUGUGAGAUUCUGUGCAUUAUAAGGUUCUGUCUUAAAGGAAGUUGCAGUUACAGAGUUCACCAGUUCUGUUGUCCCUACAUUUUGGUGGUCAGGAAAGCGAAGUGUAUAUUGCCAUGACUGCAAAUUGAAGUCGGUUGUGCUCUGAAGUAAUACACUUUUGUGUGUGAGAGGGCAUCUCGUUGCCAGCUGUUGCCUUUUCUACUGGCACAGAUGCCAGUUUGCAUCAAUUAUAAUUUAUUGGUUGUGGGGUAGGAUCCCAGUUCAGGAGAAAUAAGGGUGAGAUCACUGACUCAAUCUAUGAGACCCCCCACAAGCUGUGAGGAGAGAUCAUCUUGCAAUGCUCCUGACCAGCGAUGAAGAGGCUGAAACACAAGUCCCCUAAGCUAUUCACUCCCCUUCUGUGUAGAAUGUGUUUUUUGUACACUUAUUUAAAAUGCUUCAGAUAGGAAGAUGAGUAUUUACAAUUAAAUAUUUGUAAAUAGACGUGGAAAGGCUUGAUUGGAAAAAUAUCAAGUUUCUAAUACAUAUUACUAUACUAAGACCUCCCACACAAGAGAAACAUUUAUAGUCAGACCUAAUGAAUAUUCCUUUCUGGUUCUUGUGCCAAUGGAGAGCCGUGGAAAAAUCCAAGUCUUUUUGUUUGCAUCUUGAUCCUUUACAGAACUGGAAGAGUAUUUAAUUUGAUUUGGCUCUAGUUUAUUCCCUGCAAUAUUUUGCCUCUAGUUGAUACUUUUUAGAGAAUACAAUAAAGGUUUAUUGGGCUGGCCAAA